GGAAAAUGCGUGGUGCGUUGUUGGUUGUUUUUUGUUUUUGAGUCUGCACUGAACUGUUUAAAACGGAUGUCUUAAGACGGCAGGAGAAAAACAAAACCAACAAAAAAUGCAUUUUAGUACAGCCGAUGGUUGCUUAUUAUUUAAAACGUGACUAGAACAGCAUUCACGAAUUUGUCAACUGGAUAUAACGACGCCGCCAUCUUGGAGUUCAUGAUUUUCAUCGAGAACAAGAUACAUUUUUAGAACUGUUAAUAGAGGCUUGCGCUUUUAACAUACACAUUCCUCUGUGUGAGACAUAUAUUGUAUUUAUACCAUAUGGCUCCUUCUAUAUAUGUAAUUUUGUAAUUUGUAGUAAAUGCAAUGUUUUAUAAAAUUAUUUUUCGUAGUCACGUGAUCAACAGCUGUUCAUCUUGAGCCAUACGUUUUGUGAAGAAGCCAACGGUGCAAGAUGUCGUGCGUUCAUUACAAGUUUAAAAGUAGUUUAGACUACCAAACUGUAACCUUUGAUGGACUUCAUAUUUCCCUUGGAGACUUGAAAAAAGCUAUUAGUCAACACAAGAAGCUUAAGCCUGGAGAAUACAACUUGGAAAUCACAAAUGCCCAAACAAGAGAAGUGUAUGUGAACAAUAGUGAGCUGAUACCCAAGAACUCAUCGGUUAUUGUGUCCCGAAUUCCAAUCCAGACAAACACUUCAAACAGUACCAGCAAAGCAUGGGAGGCUUUCAAGCAAGAAUGUGCCAAAGCAAUUCAGCAGGAAAAGGAGAUGGUGACUCUGGAGGAUCUCAAGAAGACGGCAGACCUAGCCAGUGCCAAGGCUACCGAGAUGGACAAGAUCAAGGCGAUGAUUGACCAGUCAACAAAAGAUUUUGAUCCUUCCAACUACAAGACGAAGAGCUUACCCACAGGCCCUCCUCCAUCUACGUACAGAUGUUACCGGUGCAAUCAGACUGGACACUACAUUCACAACUGUCCUAGUCCAAAGCUGAAGGUGAAAACUACAGAUGAAGAUGGUACAGUUCAUGAACUGGAACCAAAGUUCAAGCGCAGUACUGGUAUUCCCAACAGUUUCCUGACUUAUGUGAACAAUCCACUUCUACCCGGGGCACUGUUAACACAUUCAGGACAAUUUGCUGUGCCCACUCUUGAUGUUGAAGCAUACAUCCGUGGUAAGAAAGAGAAACCUCCAUUUUUGCCUAAUUCUGAGCCUGACAUAGUAGUGAGUCAAAAGCAGUUGAUUCCCAAGGAACUGAUGUGCCCUAUCUGUGAAGACUUGCUUCGUGAUGCUGUCAUUACUCCAUGCUGCGGAAACAGCUUCUGUGAUGAAUGCAUCCGUAAUGCACUGGUUGAGUCUGAUGAUCACGAGUGUCCACAGUGCCACGAGACGGACGUGUCUCCCAACCAGCUGACUCGGAAUAAGUUCCACCGCAUGGCCGUCACCAACUUCCUCAACGAGACCAGCAUGCUCAAUGAACAGAAGGACGAGUCACCACCCCCUCCACCACCACCUUAUCCUCCACCACACGAGUUGGCCAAGCAGCAUCCACCCGUGUCGAGCACAUCAAACAGUUCUCCAACCCUAACCCAAAACACGGUCCCAGAGGCAGUUUCUUCACAGCGCGGUCCCUCGGAGAGCCGCUCCAACUACAGUUCACAGUCACACCAUCACUCGGGAAGCAAGUCCUUUCCUCAUAGUGAUCGAUCUCAUCAUCCUCCUAGUGACAGGCCGCCAUAUCAUCACAGUGACAGGCCGCCGUAUCAUCACAGUGACAGGCCGCCAUAUCAUCACAAUGACAGGCCGUUCACAAGUAGACACGCCCAUCCACGACAGCCCCAAUUAACUGUUGUGCCAAUCCUUGGAAGUGAAAAUAAGUCACCUCCAGCAGAUGAUGGAGCUGUCAGGGAUGAAGUUGUACAUUCUAUCAAUGACACCUCGAUUGAUAGGAACACACAUGCUGUACCAUCGUUGAUUGGAAUGAGUGGAAUUCAUUCGACUCCUGUUGCACAGUCAUCGGACUCUGGUGAUGAUUUACGACCACCAGGUACUGAGACCGUUGUGAAGAAGCCAGUAAAAAUACAAGAGGAUGAUAUCCUUGAGAAAUGGAGGGAGUUUGAGAAGAAAUAUGACAAUAAGACAUCAUCAAAGUCUGUGGCAGCAGUGCCUGUUUUGCCGUCUACCCCUGUUGCUCCAGUCCCUGUUGUGCCACCACCUGUUGUACCGCCACCUCGAACAUUUCCUCCAAUCCCAUCCACAUUACCCAUUCCACCAGGUGCAUUACUACCACCACCACCUAGAUUUAUGGGUCCCCCUCCCGGACCUAUUCCUGUGCCGAUUCCAAAUGCCGUGCCUCCAGUGGUACCUCCACCUGGAUUCCCCGGCCCACCUUUCAUGGCAGGUCCCCCUCACCUUCCAUUCCCUGCAGCACCCUUUGCUCCGGUACCUAAACCUCUAACGAAGGACGAAUUCUAUAGGGAACAGGAUAGACUGCGGAAACAAGAAUCUGAUAUUAGGAAGCGUGAUUUUAUGGAUGAUUUUGAGCAAGAGUUGAGGGAAAAAAAGGCAAAGAAUAUUCCACCCAAACCAUUGAAGCCUAGGUCAAGAUCAAGAACGUAUUCCAGAAGUCAUUCAAGGUCACCACGACCCAGAACCAGAUCAAAAACAAGAUCUCGAACCAGAUCCCGAUCCCGAUCAAGAGGUUAUUCUCGAUCCCGAUCCCGUUCCUAUAGCCGUGGUCCCCCGAGACCCAGGUCCCGUUCACCCAGGUUGAGGACAAGAUCCAGAUCACUGACCCGCUCUCCUAGGAUGAGAUCCAGGUCUCGGUCCCGCAGUAGACUGAGGUCAUAUACUCGCUCAAGAACACGCUCCAGGUCGCGGAUAAGGUCCAGACUGAGGUCAAGGUCAUGGACUAGAUCCAGGUCACGUUCUUACACUCCAGUGGCUAGGAAAAUGUCAAGAUCACGAUCACGGUCACGGUCAAGAUCACGAUCACGGAGUCCUUAUUCCAGACGCAGGUCCCCAGUUCCGUAUGGACGUCGCUCUCGCUCGCCUCCCCCUCCCCCUCCCCCUCCGAAACGAUUUCGGGGAGGAAAGGGGAGUAAAGGAAGAGGAGGCUACCACAGAGAUGGAUCCCCAUAUUCAGUGUAUCGCAGUCCACCAAGACACUACUCCCAAGAACCCUAUCAGGCAUUCGGAUACGAUGUUCCAAAACCAGAUCCAUAUUAUCCUGGUGUGUACAACAAUAGAAUGUAUCCCGGCUAUGGGGAAGACAAGUGGGGAUACCCUCCAAACGUGCCACCAGGAAUUCCACCAGUGGCACCCACUUUUGAAGCAUAUGUGGCAAAUCCCGGUCCAGGUUACCAACGGUCGAGGUCAAAGUCCCCCUGGAAAUUCGGUUCUGGCAUUCCAAUGCCUCCUGGUGAUGCAGAAGGCUGGCCAAGGUCCGAUAAAUCCUGGAAUGACCGGCCUGAAGGACGUGAUGUGAUGAAAGACCAUUUCGGUGACCGCCGCAAUAUGGGGGAUGGAUGGGACCCCAGGUGGGAGAUGGGGGAUAGGUGGAAUCCAUCUGACAGACGGACUCAUGAUGAUGGCAAACGUGACGGUGCCGACAGGAGAGAUCGUGGUGGCAGGAAAGAUAAUUCUGACAGAAAAGAAACCUAUGAUAGGAAGGAUGCACAUUAUAAGAAAACGGACUCGAAGCGGUCAGAGGAUAAACAAAAGGAAGGCAGUGAAAAAAUGAAACAGUUGAAAGAGAGGAAAGACAAGGGUAAAGUUGAAAGAGAAAAUAAAGAGAACACUGACCAAGAUCGCAAAACUGACAUUAAAGUGAGUAAAGAUCGUGGAAAGAAGUCUUUUGAAAAGAGUGAUGAUGACAAAAGGCGAAAACUCUCAAAGGAAUCUAAGACAAAAGAAGAGAAAGUGGUUAGGAAAAAAGAUGAUGAUAAAGAUGAAGCAAAAACUAAAGUUGUGAAAACUGAAGGAAAAAGAAAAAAGGUCAAAGUUGAAAAGCCUUCACAAGAUGAUUCACAGUUAGAUGAUGCCAAUCGGGUCUCUGAAAAUACGACAAAAAAGAAAAAUGUUACUGUGAAAAACGAGAAGAUUUUACAGGCAAAGCCAAAAACAGCAGUUCUAAAAACUAAAGCUCAGAUAGAAGCUAGCGAUGGAAGUCAGUCUGAUAACAUGCCUGGAAAGCUGAAGGUGAAGAAAGUGAAAAAGAAGCGGUUGAAAUCUGUAGCAGAAAGCACAGCCGUUGGUGAUGUGAAGGAAGACCAGACUGAUCCAGCUCCAGAGUUUGACCUGAGACAGAAGCUGAAGAAGCGAACUCUUUCUCAGAGCCAGGAGGUAUCGGAUGACUCUUCACCAACAAAGAGAAUGAAGACUGAAGAUUUGUCAGCAGAAACAAGAGGCUCCCAGAUUCAAGUUUUGUCCAGGAUGAAGCCAAUACCUAUUAAACUGUCCUCGUCUCCAGUAGAUGAACCCAUGUCUGUGAUGCCCGAACUGUCCAAGUGGGAGAGGGAUGACUAUGAAGAGGAAGAGGCAGAUACCACCCCCAAGGCUCUCGCCGACAAGAAACCACUUCCUAGAUCUGUAAUAGAAAGUGCUGAAAAGGUGUUAUCUCAAAAACAAAUGAAACCAUCAUCUGUGGCAUCGGCCAUAGCACCAAUUCUGGUAAGAUCACGGCCCUUUGUGACAUCACCAACUGACAGACCUCACAGACGUGUUUACUUAGAGAACUUGACAACUGUGGAAAGUGAGGAUAGACGGGUUUCGAAUAAACAGAAAUCUAUUGAGGUGACGAUAUCAUCUGAUAAAGUGGAAAACCGGAAUAAACAUGGUUCUGAUAGUCACUCAAGGACACAAUCCACAGAUACUAAAGUCAGAUCAGAAAAGGAGGGUGAAGGGCAUUCAAAACAUGAUCAUAAAAGAAGUUCUGAGAGGCAAUCAAGAAGCGAUGAAUCAAAAACGUCUGUUUCCAGAUCAAAGGGGAAUAGAUCUUCUAAUAAGGAGAGAAUUUGUGAAUUAAAACAUAAAGAUGACAAGGAAGAAAAACCUAAAGUGAAGGAUGAACACCAAGAAAAACAUGAAGUGCAUGUAUCUGACAAAGAAAAAGCUGCAGUAAAGGAGGAAAGAGAAGAGAAGAAAAGUUCACCAGAUGACAAAAAGGGUACAAAUUCUUCAGAAGUAAAAUCUAAACAUUCUGAUGCUGAAAGUGGAUCGAGAAAACCGAAAUCUAGGUCAUCUUCAGAACAAGAACCUGGUGACAAAUCACAAGACUUGGACACUCACAAUAAGCCAGGUAAAAACAGUGUUGAAGCUGCACCACAAACUCAGUCUAGUCAACAUGGGCAGUCCACUUCAGACUCUAAAUCGGACUCUAAACCACAGACUAAAUCUCACAGUAGUCAGUCGAAGAGUGAAGGCGGUGAGAAGUCUCACCAGCCUCUGGACCGAAAGGAGUCGAUCAUAGAUGAAGCGACAUUCGAGCCGGAUUACGAGGAGAGUGCAGGAUCCGAAUCGGAUGGAGAUGUAGUGGCUGCUCACAAUGCUGCCGAUGCUAGUCAGCCAGCUCGCACCACGAGCAGUGCCAGUCACAGUCCUAGUCCCAGCUCCGAUGAGUACAGUCCCUCCAAGAAGCAGAGGAUGGAUGAUGACGACAAACACAAGAGUAAGAAAGCAGCUAAACACAAGAAGCACAAACACAAGAACAAGCACAAGCACAAAACCAAGCACAAACACAAGAAACACAAGAAAAUUAGGGAGGGGAAACCAGAGAAGGAAGAAAAGACCAAGUCGAGCAAAAGUUGACAGUGUGUCACGUGAUUGGCGUCGUCGGAGGUGCUAGCAUCAUUAAUCUAGAACAGUAUUAUAAACAUUCAGUUAUAAGAAAGUAAUACUGUGAGAACGCCGAGUUUUCUUCUCCACUUAUCAUUUGUUUGGUUUCUUAAACUAUAUGUCAAAAAUACCAAAUAACAAACAAUAGCCGAUGAUUAAUAAAUCAGUGUGGUUUCAUAGCAGUUAAGAGGUGGUAUAGAAUUAAUGGUAUUAUCUUUGUUGGUUUCACUGGUACAGGGACAGCCAAAAAUGUAUGUGUGUUUAAAAGGGUAAAUUGCAAAUACAGUAUUUUGACUGCUUAUUCAUUUCAGUUUUCAGUGUAAAUGUGUGUUACAUGCUUGCCUUUUUGUGUUGGUAUCUGUUUCAAAGUGGAACAUACACACAACAUAAGAACAUGCAUGGUGGCCAGUAAAUAACAUAGACAAUAGACAUAAGUUAUAGACACAAUCUACACAAUGUGUAAUUAUCGUAAAAUUAUUGCCACAGUAUUUUAAUGCAGUGUACACACAGUGUUUACUAUGUUGUAUGAAAAAUUUCACAACUGUUUAAAAAUAUCAUCAGCUUCUUAACAUAAUUGCUGAAGUCAUUUUUAAAGCUUUUGAAAUAAAUGGGAAAAAAGAUGAUUUUGUACACAAACAGAAUGAAUUAUUUGAAGAUUAUUUAAACAAGAACAACAUUUUUUGUUCUUGUUUGAAUAAUUUUUAAAGAAUUCUUUUCUGCUUGUGUUUUAAAAUUGAGGGGCGGGGGUGUCCCCCAUUUUUCUCAAAAACUCUAUAAAAGAGUUUGGCUGAUUAUAAAUAAAUAAAAGAUCUUCAUUAUUUAAACUUACUCUGAAAAAAAGAAGAAGUCAAAUUGAAGUUGAAAAAAUGAAAACAGAUUGCUGUGGUGGUGACAAUUAACUAAUCAAAGAAAAUUGCUCAUAAAACUGAAUUAAACAACUCAAAAAGUUAAAAUUAACAUGUUUUAAGUAAGUACUAGUGGAUGUAUUGAAACUAUAGUUUUUGUUAAUGAGAAAAUGUAUUCGGGGUUUAGGUGUAAACAAACGACUGAAAAGAGUGCAUGUUAAUUAGAGAUGUAUUCAUGUGUUAAUACAUGAAAUAAGUAUUUUUAUAAUUUUUGUUCUUCGAGUUUGUGUAUAUUGCUGAAAUGAAGGAAAAGAAGAGCAUUAACUAUGUGUUAUGAUAUAGAUCUUGAAUAAUUAUUUUUCUUAAUGCCUCCAUGAAACUUGAUUUAUGUUUUAUACAUGUUAAACUUUUAAUAAAAAAACACAACAAUUAAGACUAAUAAACACCAGAAUUAUUUUGUUAGGUGGAUAAAAUAUUUAGUUUAGAUCUAGUAUUAAAUAUAAUUUUUUCAAGAAUCAUGGUGGCCAGCUGGACUAGGGUAAAACAAAUAUUACUGGCCCUUGUUAAAAUUAAUUAGCCCUCAAAUGAUUGCACUGAAAAGAAGAAUUUACUGGUGCAAGUAGUUAAAACCUAAUGGCAGAGUUAUCGUAUCACUUCUUUUUUUCGGUAUAAAUUUAAUCUAAUACUGGUAGUUACCAAACAGUCUUAUCUUAGGUAACCAGGUGACUCCCAAUUUUUAACGCUGAUAUGUUGGUUGUUUCAUACAUAACUAGGGUACUACAAAAUUAGAUGCAACAACAUAACUUUGGUGUGGACAAAACUCUUCAAAAUGUUCUCGAGUAACAGCAUUUUUAGUGCUUCAUUAUGGAUCUGAUGUGAAAUUUUGUAUGACAGUUUUCAACCUAUUAAGUCAAAAUAUAAUCUUGUUUGCAGUGAUAUACUUCUUCAGAAUCCUAAAUACUAGAUUCAACAAGUUACUAAAUGAGAUCAUGUUACAUUUUAAAUUUGUGUAGAACUGUAUGACAGGGCUUGAAAAGAAACAGCUGUUAGCCAAAGGCACGCAAAACAGGGUAGCAGAUUUCCUCUAAGACUAUGAGUGAAAAAUUACCAAAUGUUUGACAUCCAAUAGUUGAUGAUUAAUAAAUCAAUGUGCUUUUAAAUGGUGUCGUUAAAACAUUUUUUAAGAAAACUCAAAGGGUUGAGAUUUAGCUCAGACAAUAGAGUGCUCACCUGAAACACUUCGGUCGUUUGAUCCAACCCCUUUGGUGGAUGCAUUAAAACAUUUUUAGUUUUUCCCCCCAUUUCAUCCAGUGCCACAUGACCGGUAUAUAUGUAUGCGCUCUUCUGUCUAUGGGAAAGUGCUUAUAAAAGAUUUGUUGAUACAAAUGGAAAAAUUUAGCAGGUUUCCUCUGCAGAUUACUUGUCAAGAUCACCAACUGUUUUGAUAUUUAAUUUUGAUGAUUAAUUAGUCAAUAUGCUGUAAUGGUGUUUCUAACAAAACUAAUUUUAACUGGGGUGAGUGGGGAGGGUGGCAUCUUAAGAGGUAGCAGCUACUUUUAAGACAAAAAGGAUGUGUGUACAUCUUAAUUUAAGUGUCAAGAAAAUAAAGUAUUUUAAUUUCUGUAUAAUGGUUUACAUUUAAAAAUCAUGCCAUUCCAAAUUUAAAAGUCUUUGUAAAAUGUGUGGUGUCUGGUGCUACAUUUAAGUGUUUUUCUUUAAAAUUGUUAAGUUUUAUACUUUUUUUUUAUGUCAGCUAUAUUACAAUAAUGAAUUGUUUCAAUCUGGAGGUUUCAUCUGAAGUUUGUAUACAUGUAUGAAAUGACAUCUCUGUUUGUUAUUAUUUAAGUAAUGUAACCUGUUGGUAUUGAAAUGUAUUGUUUUUAACUUGAGAAAAAUGAGAAAAGUUAAAUCACACAACCCCUUGAAAAAUACAAUGUGUAAUAAUGGAUAUGGUUAACACACAACAAACAUUUUUGAUUACCUUACAUGUAUAUUUGUACAAAAUAGAUUGUAAGAGUCCCAGCUUUGUGCAAACCUAGAAAGCUGUAACUAGAAGCAGCUUAGGUGGAAGAUGAGUAACGUAGGGUGGAAGGUUUUGUGUUUUUCUUUAUUACAGUAUGUCAAGAAUUUAAUGGUGAACAGACUGACGCGUAUAGCCGUCAUUACUUGUAAAUACUUUGUAUGUUCUGUCAGUAGGUUUGUGGUGUGUGCAGGUAGCACAUAAAUGGUUGAAAUUUGUAAAUAAAUGAUGAAUUUGUA